ACGGUUUACGGUUUGUGACCGAGUGGAAAGACUGGUAACAGCGCUUAUUUGGCAAUGGAUAGAUACGACGCUAGUGCUUUCGAAGGAACACCUGCUUGCUGAAUACGAAUCUAGUUAAAGACGCUCUGAGGAUUGUAUGGAUCGAAGAUUCGCCGAAAAUAGUAUCGCAAAUACAUAUUUCACAGAAGAUCCUUUUUGCUAACGCUGCGAUGAACUAGUUUAUAUGUAGGUGUACAGUAUUUGUGUCGCUGAAUUACUCUCAAUAACGUACCUUAAAUAAUACAAAGUAGUUUUGACAUCUGUUUAGCUGAAACGAGGUGCUAGUUGAGCACAAAUCUCCGCGUCUGUUAUGGUCAUUAAAAUGUUUUAAACCUCGUUUUUACGCACAUAUAAGCAUAAGGUAGAUAAUAAACGUCGCACUUGAAGGUACUGCUAAACUAAUAACAGUGGCACUGGUAGAUUACGUCAGUGAACAGCUGAUAGGCGUACGAUAAGCUGUGCCUGAGGGCCGUACACUGUGCUCAAUGGAAGAAAGUGUUAGGAAAGCCGGUUAUCUGUAGCGCGUGGGCGGCGUCGUAAGGGCUCCGAUAGGACGCGGCGCUUGUCAUUACUGCUCUAGCCUCGUCACCAGUGGCGUCGUCGCGGCGUGCCUUGUCAGCGGGGUCGUAAGGAUCAUGAGCGGGCGUUAACCGCCAAGCCAGAGCGGGCAGAUUGCGGCAGGAAGGCCAUGGAGCAGCGGGCGGCCGAGUCGCGAUAAGGCCGGCCGCGGAGCGGGCGUCAGUGUAGCGAGCGUCUGGGCACAGUAGCAGCGCGCGAGCCGCCAUGUACGAGAAGUGCGCCAACUACACGGCCGGCGGGCCCGUCUCGCUGGUGGAGGCGGCGCUGCUGGAGACGCUGUGCCGCAACGUGUCGAGCUCGGCGGCGGAGGCUGCGGAGGCGGAGGCGGCCGCGGAGGCGGCGGCCGGAGACUGGGCGGCCAGCUCGGUGCUGCAGCGCGCCGUCGCCGUCGUGGUGCCGCUGCUCUUCGGCCUGAUCGUGCUGCUCGGGCUCGUCGGCAACGCCCUCGUCGUGCUCGUCGUAGCCGCCAACCAGCAGAUGCGCUCCACCACAAACCUGCUCAUCAUCAACCUCGCCUCCGCCGACCUGCUCUUCAUCGUCUUCUGCGUGCCCUCCACCGCCACAGACUACCUGCUGCCCUUCUGGCCCUUCGGAGACGCCUGGUGCAAGCGGAGGCGAUACGUUGAGCCCCCGCGGGAGCCGCUGCGCACGGACGCACCAGAGGACGCUGCAGCGGUCCGCGUGAAGAUGCGCCACCAGCUGCGACCGAAGCGAAAAUACGUCUAA